AUGAGCGAGGCGUCGUCUUCUCCGCGCUCCGUUACCUCUGGUACGGCCACGUCGACCUCGGGGCAUCGUAGCAGUGGAAGUCAUGGACAGCAGGCGCUUGCUUAUAUUUCUGUGAUGGAUUUAAUGCAAUUGCUUCCAUUGACGGCCGCUGGACGCCCCGCUCUCUUUGGCAAUGAGGUAGAGAUCUAUAGUGAGGAUCACAUUGCUUUGUAUGACCGCACAUUCAAGACACCGUAUGUGCACGGCCGCUGCUCAGUCACGACGCACCGUCUUUUCUACACGGACGCAACGUGCACUCCACCCGUGGCGUUCUACGUACCAUUAGAGUGGAUUAGCCGCACGACCAAAGAAGCAGGCUUUUUACAACGUUCCGCCAAAGUGAGGAUAGAUAUUAUGACCCGAUCACCACCUGUUGCUACUUCAUUCUUCAAGUUGUCGUUCAAAGACGGCGGACGCGACGAUUUCUACAGUCCGCUAGCGGCGUCACUUAAACGUAGAGCUUGGAAGAACCCACAACCUAGUCAUUUGACUGAUAGACGACUCAUGAAGCGGCAAUUUAAUGCUGCAGACGCUGGUAUUGCGGGAAUUAUGCGUCGUCAGCAGGAAGCGCAGAAAGAGACGACGGAAUUGGCUGUGACAGCGUUCUCCGAUUUGGCCAAUUUGAUGACAAAGGCCAGGGAUAUGGUUAGUUUGAUUGAACGAUACGUGGACACGCAAAAAGCGGUCAAGUCGGCAGGGGAGGAUGGCACUACGUCUAAAGAAGAAGACAUCAACAAACUUAGCUCGCUGAUGCUGGAUAUGGGUAUCACCAGUCCAGUGACACGAGAGAAUUCUGGUGCAGCAUACUACGAGCAGCUUGCACGACAACUCACGGAGUACCUUAGUGACCAUAUGCCGCGGAAUGGAGGGAUAAUGACCCUUUCGGAUAUCUAUUGCAUGUUUAAUAGAGCACGUGGUGUAGAAUUGGUGUCUCCAGACGACCUGUAUCACGCAGCACUGCUGCAGAAAAAGCUGAAACUCGGUUAUAGCAUGCGCAAAUUUCCUGGCGGACUCAUUGUGCUACAAACAGACUCGCAUCGCGAAGACAUAGUGGCUGAACGGCUUGCGAAGAUGGCACAGAAAUCCAGCUCUGGGUACAUCACUUCUACUGACGUGUCGGUGGAAAUGCACACAUCAAUUCCAUUAGCUUGGGAGUAUCUGAAGGUUGCAGAGGAUCUUGGAAAGCUUUGCCGGGACGAAACGUUUGAGGGUACCAACUUCUAUCCCAACAAGUUUGACCAGUUUGUCAAAGUUGCUGAAGUUGAGUAG